AAUAGCAGGUCCAUAUCAAUUUUGGAACAGGUUCAAAUAUUUUUUAUACAAACAUAAUUUUGUAGAAAAAACUAUGAUAUAAAAAGGAUGAUUUUGAAGAUUUUAGUAUCAUUCAGAUCAGUUCUCUUAAACUAGACCAACAUGAAGACCUUCCUGAUUUUAUCCUGCGUUGCAUUGGCUGUUAUUGCCGCUCCUGGAGCUAAAGAUGCCAAAUCAUCCGAAAAGAGUAAACGUCAUCUUGGAGAGAACUAUUACUACUUCGAUUCCUUGCCACAAACUUACAGUGCCCCACUUCAACUAGACAACACCGUCCUGUUGUCUAACUCUGCUCAAGUUGCCCAAGCUGCCCCUGUUGCUCAAUUCUACAGUGCUCCUGUUGUAAGACACGAAGUUGCUCAACAAAUUGCCCCUGUUGCUCAAUUCUACAGCGCCCCUGUUGUAAGAGAAGAAGUUGCCCAACACACUGUCCACAACGUAAUCAACAAAGUACCAGUUGCCAUCGCACAACCCGUUGCUGUACCUAUCACCAAGACUGUUAAAGUAGCCCAACCCUACCCAGUAACAGUUGAGAAACCUCUUCCAGUCCAAGUAAGAGUAAACGUACCAUACCCAGUUGAAAAACCAUACCCAGUACAUGUACCUCACCAAGUACCAUACCAAGUAAAAGUAAAGGUACCAUAUGCAGUAGAAAAACCAUAUCCAGUUACCAUCACCAAAACUGUACCUGUAGCUGUUGAAAAGCCAGUAUACGUCAAAGUACCAGAAAUAGUCAAAGUGCCAGUUGCUCAACCCUACCCAGUUGCUGUCCAACGUAAAGUAGCUGUUACUGUACCUGAACCACAUGUUGUUAAAGUACCUGAACUCAUCAACGUACACCACAAAGUCUACAAACAGCCCGUUGUCCAACAACAAGUAGUUGAACAAAUCAGCUUGCCAGUAUAUAGCCAACAAGUGUACGGACAAGAAUACGGUCUUUCAUCUGGUCUCCAAUCUGGUUACCAAUCUGGUUACCAAUCUGGUCUCCAAUCUGCUCAAAUCAUCUCAGGUGAAUUUCUCGAAACUGAACAAGCUCCCCCAUGCCCCUUGACCCAAGGUCACAACAAGAACAGCUUCGGAUCCAACUUUGGAUCAUACGGUAAACACAGCAUCUUUGCCCGUAACACAGAAAAGAAUGCCCAGAAACACUAAGAUUGCUGAUAUUGAUGAUAGAUGUAUAUAAUGUUGAUAUUCGACAAAAUGUGCCGUAGAUUAUAGAUUUUUAAAUAAAUUUUAAUAACAUUAA